AUGUUACGUUUAAGACAAGCUAAACAAACAUGUGAAGAUGUUAAACACAUGUUUCAUGAAAGAUCGUUGAUCGAAGAGGAUUAUGCUAAAAGAUUAAUGAAACUUUCUAAAAAAACCACAAAGCAGGAAAUUGAAAUAACUGCAAAAGAGCAUUUAAAUCUUUCUCAAAAAAUUAAAAGUAAACUUGAGCAAGAAUUGAAUGAUUUUCUUUUAAAACAAAAAGAACAAAGAAAAUCACAACAAUCAAUAGCAGAAAGAAGUCUACGUAAUAAACUCAAUCAAGCAGUUUUACUACAAAAGGCAAAAGAAAAAUAUGAUGGAGAAUGUGUAAAAGUGACAGGUCUAUUGGCAUCCAAAAAUUCGGUAAUUGGAAAAGAAUCUGAUAAAUUAUCUUUGAAAAUCGAAAGAACUCAAAUCAAUGUCAAUACUGCAAGUCAAGAAUAUAGGCAAUUAGUUAAAAUUAUGAAUGAUAUUAACGAUAAAUGGAUUUAUGAUUGGAAAAUUGCUUGCGAUAAAUUUCAAACUUUGGAAGAAGAAAGAAUAGAACAUAUAAAAAAAUAUUUAUGGGUUUAUGCAAAUUUUAUUUCAGAAGUCUUUGCAUUAGAAUCUUGUGAAGUUAAUAAUGAAAUACAACUGUUUAUAAAAGAACAUGCUACCGGCUCUGAUCUCCCAGAAUCACCAGCUUUUAUAAAUUUUUUCUCGGGUAAUAAAGAAAAUGACACGAUAACAAGUAAAAGAGCUUCAUUUGGUAGAAUAACCGAUUUACGUAAUGAAUCGUCGUCAUCAUCAUCAAAGAAUCAUUAUAUACAACAACUUCAACAAAAAUUUUAUCCAACUGAAGACACUAACAACAUUUCUAUUGAUGGUGAUGAUAAUUAUAAUAAAUUAAAUGAUGACAGAGCUUCUUUAUACGCAAAUACAAUUUCUUCUUCAAACCUAAUCAAAAACAAAAAUGAAUUUUCGCAAACUCCACCAAUGCCUGUUUUAGAUAAACCUCAACCACCAACACCAGUUACCAACAAUAUUAUUAAUCAAAAUCAAAAUCAUAAUUCUGGCAAUCUAAUUUCUGGUCCAGGUGAUUUAAGACGUAAAUCCUUAUCUUCUACAGAUCAUGGUCCUAUUUCAUCACAACAACAAGAUAUUAAAGAAAACAUGGCUAAUAUGCGUCCACAUACUCCACUAUUAAAUAAUCAACCUAGUAACAACAUAAUACAAGGUCCAGGUGAUUUAAGACGUAAAUCUUUAUCUUCUACAGAUUAUGGUCCUAUUUCAUCACAACAACAAGAAAUCAAAGAAAACAUGUCUAAUAUGCGUCCACAUGAUCCACUAUUAAAUAAUCAACCUAGCAACAACAUAAUACAAGGUCCAGGCGAUUUAAGGCGUAAAUCCUUAUCUUCUACAGAUUAUGGUCCUGUUUCAUCACAACAACAAGAAAUUAAAGAAAACAUGUCUAAUAUGCGUUCGCACACUCCACUACUAAAUAACCAACCUAACAACAACAUAAUACAAGCUCCAGGUGAUUUACGUAAAAGAUUGUCAAUUUCAACUUCAGCUUCAACUUCAAUUACUGCUAUUGCCGCCAAUAAUAUUAUUAAUCAACAACAACAAGAUAAUUUAGUUACAAAUCGUCGUAGUUCUUCGCCUAAUAGUCAACAACAACGAAAUACAUCACCAGUUAUCGGGAACAAUAAUAAUAACAACAAUAAUAAAAUCGAAAGAUCUGAUACAAUAAAAACUUCUACUACUAGUAGUAGUGGUUCAAACUCAUUAGGGAUAUUACUUGAUGCUCAAGGCCGUGUUAAGCAAGAUGAUCUUGCUGAAGCAUAUUUUAAAAAUGGUGGAAAAUUACCACCCGAAAACAUUCCAUUAAGUCAAUCACCCUCGUCAUCAUCACCGCCAUCCCAUAUUCCAGGAAUUUUACCCAACAAUCAUAGCAACUACAAAAACAUACAAUCUCAAUCGUCCAUUCGUGAAAUGCAAAGAAGUAAUACUAUAAAAACAACAUCAUCACGAUUAUCUUCAUAUCAACAAUUCAAUUAUUAUAAUAAUACAUCUACAAAACCAAAGGCGCGAUAUAUGGAAGAUGGUAGAUUGAUUCAAUUCUACGUUGAAACUUUAUAUGAAUAUGAAGCAACAAUUCCAGAAGAAAUUUCAUUUAAUGCUGGUGAUAUAAUCGCUGUUCUGGGGACUUUUCCUGAUGGUUGGUGGGAAGAAAAAAAGAGGUUUAUUUCCUAG